CUCUGCAAUGAGUACCCCGACAUGUAGAUUUUGCCUUGGGCAGAUCGGUGAACAUGGCUCAUCCUUAGUGGAAGGCACGUUCCGCAACGUAAUCGAGCGUGUAUUUUCGUUUCAGGUAAAACAAGCCAAUGGCUUGUCAAAUAAUGUAUGCACACAGUGUACAGCUACUGUAUGGAGCUUCCACAGCUACAGUCUACAGGUGGAACAAAAUCAAGAGAAAUUACAGCAACAAUGGAACGCGACCGUUGAAAAUCCCCUUUACAUUGCGGAAACCCCAGCUCUUGAUUUUGUCGACAUCAUCAAGAAAGAACCGUUGGAUCAUAGUGCCGACACGGAUCAUGCAACAGAACAUAUGAUUUCUGACCAGUCGAGGCAAGGUACGUUUAAGAACUAUUUUCCCGACAACUAUUAUGACGACGAUCCCUUCGAGAACGCCGGUAACUAUGAACCAUAUAAAGAACAUCAGCAAGCAGCACAUGUAUCCAAUGGAGCUGCAGAAAAUCCAGACGAAGAAUUGACCAUUAAAAAUGAGGUCUUUGAAUUUUUUCAAUGCGAAAAGUAUGAGAUAAUUCCCAUCGAUCGAUGUGAUAUUUCCGAAGAUAAUCUACCUACAGACACUGCGAAUAUUGCCUGUAGUGAAGCUUCGUUGUGUAUGGAAAACAAUCAAGAAAAGAAAAAAACGAUACAUGACAACGGCGUUGAAUGUACGAUCUGUAAAAAAAUAAUCGCGAAACAUAAAAUCAAGGAGCAUAUGAUAACCCAUAUGGGUGCGCAUCGCUGCGAUAUAUGUGAUAAAACCUUCGCAACAAAGUUUAGUUUGAAGACGCACAGCAGUUUGCUGCAUGCUGCAGAUGAAUUAGACCACGAAAAGCUCCAAUGCAAUCAGUGUAAUCGAUUGUUCAAUAACAAUACGCAGCUUAAAAUACACAGCCGCAUUCACGUGCUAGCUCCCUGUCCAAUUUGUGCGAAAAUGAUCGUAAGAUUCAAAAUGAAGGAACAUAUUGAGGCCCACAAAGGAUUCCAGUGUGAAACGUGCAAAAAAAUGUUCAAAAAGAAGUGCAAUUUGCAGUCCCAUCACAUGUUAGUGCACGCACCCUCCAAUAUACAUGAAGCAGCUGCAAUUGAGGAUUGCGACCAAUGUGACCGAUCAUUCAUAAAUCUAAAACAAUUGAAGGUACACCAGCGCAAACACACGUUCACGCCGUGUCCAGUGUGCAAGAAAAUGAUCAUGAAAUAUAAAGCGAGCGAGCAUAUCGCUGCUCACCGCGGAGCAUUCCGUUGCAAUAUAUGUGAUAGAAAUUUUACUACAAAGACCAGUGUAAAGACUCACAAAAUCAAAAUGCAUAGUUCCGUCGAAUAG